AUGGUUCUGUUACGUGGUUGUAGGUGGAGGAUAGGUGAUGGGACUCAAAUCCGCGUAAUGCAUGACCCUUGGCUUCGAAAUGAACAUGGAGGUUGGCUAGCAUCUCCGCAAAACCAAGACGUGUAUGAUUUAUUCUUGGCUGAUUUGAUGAUUGAAGGGGGUAAGGAGUGGGAUGUUGACAAGAUUUUUGAUUUGCUGUCUUUUGAAAGUGCAAACUCUGUUUUGAAGACUCCAUUGUUCCCUUCGGUCCAAGAUGAUCAAGUGAUCUGGCAAGAGGAGCAGAAUGGGGUUUACUCCGUUAAGACGGGGUAUCGAAUUGAUGCGCGUGAUGUUGUUCCGGCAUCUCAAUACCAAGUUCGAGGAGACUGGAACAAAUUGUGGAAAGUGUGUUCCCCUCCCAAGGCUCGUAACCUAUUAUGGAGGAUUUGUCCGGGUUGUAUCCCUACGCGUGUAAAGUUGGUCCAUCGUCAGGUGCCGUGUGCUUAUCUCUGUCCCUGGUGUGGUCUGGAAGCUGAAACGGAUUGGCAUGCUUUUAUUGGGUGUACAAUUGCUAAGGAAAGCUGGUCUUUUGCGGGACUUUCAGAGUUGUUGCAUGAGUUAGUAUUUAAUAUUUGCAGUUGUGAGAGUGCAAAUGCAGUAGGCCGGGGUGCAGUUUUGUUAUGGCAGAUUUGGUCAGCCAGAAAUGAUGUUGUGUGGAAUGAUACUUGUGAGACUUCAAUUACAAUUGGUGGAUUGGCAGUGAUUGGUUGGCAGCAAUGGAAUCAGGGUCGGUUUGUUCAUGCUCAAUCAGCGUGGAAGGUUGCGAAUUUGACAGUUCUUCUUGGAGGGGAAGCUUGGGCUAUGCAGCAUGCUAUUCAGGUAGCCAUUGACAAAGAGUGGCAUAGAGUAAUUUUUGUAUCUCUUCCCCAACACAUGGCAGAUCCGAGUUUCAUGUCUUAG